AUGGAUACCAUCAAGCAGGCCGGCAACUACGUCUCGGACAAGAUCCAGGGCACCACCCACGAGGCUUCCAAGGAGGCCAACAAGGACGUCGCCAAGGACAACAACGCCGGCGUCGGUACUCGCCUUCAAGCCGCUGGUGAUGCCAUCGGGGACAAGGCCAAGGAGCACAAGUACGACGCUUCGGCCGAGGCCAACAAGCAGGCCGCCACCCACUAA